CCGUUCGCUGAUGAUAUGAUUUUCCUCGACGCCAUCUUUAAAGUCACCCGAGGAGGAGGAGAAGCAAGCCCACUUCCCCUUCGCAAACACGUCGUCCGCACGCAGACUAUCCGUGGAAGUGCUCUCUCGUACACCGGAGUUGCUCCGUAAGGACGUGAAAAUCACCGCAGUGUCAUCCGUAGAACAUCGUGAAGACUCGCUCCUGCCAAUUCCAGGUGAUUGAUCGGGCUCGUCCUCAUCUUCCAGGUCUAUGCCUACUAUUUCAUGUUUCGGAGUCCCAUCCGUAGACUUCUGUAACUGGCUCCGCUGCUGCCUUUUGGUACGUUCGAAUGCUUCCUUCUGAGCAUCUCGCUUCUGACGCCAUGAGCCCGUUACCGCUCCUUUGCCAAUUUCAGCGCUCAUGUGUUGCCGUGUCACCACCUUCUGCUGUGGUGUCGAUAGCUGUGACUUCCGACGUUCAGACUUCUCAAACUGUUGCCGACAAAUCCCCUGGUGUCGCGCUAUUCUAUCACUAGAAAACGGUCGUUGGCAAAUUGCACAAAGUGUGCGACCAUUGGGAGAGGUCAUCGUAAGGGAAGCCAUGCUGAGACUCUUCCUAGGCCCAGCCGUCCUCUUUUUACAGUUCAUUUUAUGUCUUUCUAGCUCCGACCGCUUCAAUGGGGUGUCACAGAAAGGACACGGCAGCUCGAUGUGCUGUUGCUUCACAAGGCACGACUUGAGAUGAAAUCGAAGGCUUUGUGGGAAGAAUUGCUGUCCGCAGCUAGGGCAGGGAACAGCCCUUGUGUGACGACCCUGAGCUAUACCGGCCAUGGUGUGAAGCAGGACGCUUUAAUAGACGACUGAAU